AAUCUUUUCAGAACAGCCGGCUGCGACAUCUAUACGAACGCGUGGACUACUACCGAUACUUUAUCUUAAAAAGAGAGCCAUCUUAUAUUAUAGUGCUCUGUUGCAUUUGAUUAUGGGUCGAAUAGAGCGGCUCAAAUCCAAAAUAUUUGACAGGAGUUUCAGUUGCUUUUAUUUCAGAUUUUCCCUCUCAAUCCUUUGUUUUGUGAAAGGGAUCAUGUGCUUCACCAUUGAUAUGGCCUGUUCACUGUUCGGUUCGUUUUGUCGUGUCGUAAAGCGAUAUACGCGAGCAAAGAAAAAGACAAAGACUUCUCUCAAAUACAAAGUAAAAAUAUGAAAGCAGAUCUCAUACUUCAAGGUUUUCGAGUAGAAGGCCUAUCAUGUUAAGACAUGGUUGCCUAUUACAGCAAAAACAACCCGCCUGUUUAGAAAAGUGGUUUUUCUUGUCACCCAAGGAACCCCUGAAACAAGUGAAUUGUGAAGGGAGAUAGCAUAACCUCCGGAUAAUUAUGUAUUGUAACAAGAUUCAGAUUAGUUUUGUUUCCGUGGCGCUAAUUACGUCCCCUCGACCUCCUCCUCGGCCCCUGAUCACCUUCUGUCUUCCUAACCUCAUCCAUUAAGACGAUAGCCAAUUAGGAGAAGGCGAGGAAAUUAAUAGGCCCUCGCUUUCAAUUACUGUCAAAGAGAUCGUGCUAGCGCGCCGGUGGGAGGGCUUUACAGCGAUGGAAUCGGUUAGGAACGCCGUCAGUGCUCGCCUCUUAGCACCGUAUCAGCAAACAAUUCGUUGAGGGCACCGCUUGUGGGCGGAGCCAGACGGAUAUAGGCAGGAUAGAACGACGAGGAAACGAUUAACAACGAGCUUCCGACAGUUGCUGGGAGGCGGCUCCCUCUCUCGCUUCCGCGCCUCUUUCUUUAUUCGCUAUUCUUCAAGCGGGUGAGAAUUUUUUUCUACCCCUCCUCGGCCGUGAUUUCUUUUCUUUCCACACUCUCUUCUCUCAAUGUUGAUGUUUCUCUCGCCUGGCCGGAACGGAUGAGAUGGGAGUAGGAGAGGCCAGUGAUAGCUCCGGGUCACGAGAGGAAGACCUACCAGACACCAAGAGACGACGGGGUGCCGAGAAGACAUUUGACUCACGCUACGUAAUGUCCAUAGGACUUGACGCGGAACCACAAGACAAGAACGGCAACUGCAGCAGCAGCAGCGCUAUCAUCAACAAUAAUAAUAAUAACAACAAGAUCAACUACAACAACAACAGCAGCGACGACAGCGACGACGUUGAGAAAGUCGGCGACACAUCCAGCGGUUCACAGAUGGUUUUCGUGGCAAGGGAUAGACAUAAGACUAUUGGAAGUGUAGGUCGUAAUAAUAUACAAAGUUCUAACAAUGACAAUAACGACAAUGGAAGUGCUUCUAUUCGAAUCGGGCCGAAACACAAGCGACAACAAGAAAAACUACAAACCUCUCAGACGGCUCAACAACAGCAGCAAGUAACACUAACAGUAUCUGAGUAUCAUAAUACCACUGAUACUUCAUCACCGUCAACUCAGGAUUCUAUCGAGUGUUCUGAACAACCAUUUUCACUGACACUUUCUCAUGUCAACGACAAAGCACCAAUGUUGACUACAUCAUCAAACGUGAUUUCAAAUUCUUCCGUGCCAUCCCUUCCGCCUUUGAGUGAUAAACUAAGGUUGGGAUACGCAAUGAAUUCUAAGUCGGACAAUGAAAGAAAUGCGCUUCCUCACCGCAGAGACACCAACAACACUGAUCCCUCUCUCAGGUCAGAAGGAGUUCGCAUAAAGCCAGACUUUUGUAAUUUCACCAGCGGACUUUUCUCAUCUAAAGACGGUUGUGUGACUACCUCAGCUGACCCGGCUACAAGCUCAGCUCUGAAUUUUUACCACAAGACGUUGAGCUUAGCAUCUCGCCUCGCUGUAUCUCAGAGUUCGGUGACCCCCUCUCCUGGGGACAGCAGAGGAGGUUUGAACAGAAUGCGGCUGGGCAGUGCGGGCGGCCGCUCUUUUACUCUGUCUCCUGGUAGCCCUGAGGUCCGGAGUCCUGGAGUGCAGGAUGCUGGAAGUCCUGGCGUGGACGUGUACCACAGCCCGACUCCCAGACCCGGGGACAGAGUGGACGACAGAGGUGAGACAACCACCAACCACAAACUUUCACCCUACACGGGCCUUCCUUCUACACCGCCGUCAUCUCCGCCAUUGUUGUCUUCCUCACCUUCAACGUCACAACAACAGCAACAACAACAACAUCAUAUACCACCAUCUCAGUCAUCUUCGGUCCUCAACAAAGGACAAGAAAUUCCCAACGCCAUACCAAACAACGGUAAAAGAAAACUCUCGUUGGACAAAGACGAGCAAAGUGAGGAGCUCGACGUAUCAUCCCACGGCGACUCCCCGCCAAAAAUGAGACCCCCAGUGACAAGAUCCUCAUCUCCUCACGAAGGCUGUGUUACUAAAUCAGGGACUCCCUCCGACUCUGUGGAGCAGGAAAGCACCAGUCAAAGUCAAAGAAGUCAACCAUCCUCCCUGUCCCCAUCGAGUAUCUCCUCCACAUCAUCGACUCCAAAGACCUCACACAAACCCACUGCUUUCAGCGUGGCAGACAUCCUGGACCCGUCUAAGUUCACUGGCAACGGCGGGGGUUCGAGACCCCCCGUGUGGAGCCCGUGGCAGAGCCAGCAUUCUCCGGGGCCCGGAGGUCCUCUGGCGGCACGCGCUGAUGGCACGAGGUCACCCGGAGUAGCCGCGGACGCCAGGCAAGGUCAGCGUCAUGACGACGAUGUGUCCAUUACGUCAUCACAGGAAAACUUUGACCCGGAAGAGGAUGUGGACAUGUGUGAGGACGGUAAGCACCACACGGGAGACGAGGACAGUGACGAGGAGAAGAGGAAUGCAGACGACACAGGAAACGGAAACAUCAGCGACAGUAGCAAGCAGGGAAAACCCCGCAGAGCGCGAACGGCCUUCACGUACGAGCAGUUGGUGGCCUUGGAGAACAAGUUCAAGACUACCAGAUACUUGUCCGUGUGUGAGCGCCUCAAUCUUGCUCUCAGCCUCAAUCUCACAGAGACACAGGUCAAAAUCUGGUUCCAGAACCGGAGAACCAAGUGGAAGAAACAGAACCCUGGCCUUGACGUCAACUCCCCCACCAUCCCACCCACAUCAGGCGGCUUCGGCUCCUUCUCCAGUCCUUACUCGAGCAUGCUGUACGGCCAGUCAAUCCACCCGUACCUGCCUGCCUCCGGACUCAUGAGCCCCCUUAGCAUCCUGAGAGCUCAUGGCUCCUACAGCCCCGGACAGAACCCCACCGUCUACUACCCGUACUUCAGUCAGACAACGUGAGAGGGAGUUGAUCUUUGAACAGUUACGAUGAACGAUUUUUGUGGUUAGGCGAAUGUAGAGUGCCAGUGGUGCACACAAUGCCGUGGCAGGCAGAUUCAGCCCAUUUGUGGCAGAUAUACUUUGUGGACGAGUGGGCAUUUACGGUUCCGAAACAGUACACUUUUAUUUGGGUGGCGCGGUAGACAAAUGUGUCCGCCAAAGACAACCAUACGCAAGAGCCGAUGCCUGAAGGUCAUCUCUAACUACUGAGAGACAUUCUGUCACGGUUUGCGUGCUUCUCAGAGAAAUCGCCAGUACCCGCGAGCAUUAAAUCAAAAGCUUUUUACCCAGGACCGGGAACGAUAAAAGCAGUGGUAUUUGCUACGACGUCAUGAGGACAUUUCUCGUGAUACAAUUUCCCUCUUCGCUGACACCCCUCAUCCCCCGCCCUCAUCCCCCCUCCCCUCACACUCACAAAGAAAGAAAUCUACGUUGGUGUGUUGACACUGAAACUGAACUGACAUAUUGGGCAAAACUUGAUAUGCCCAUUUUGUGAAUCGAGAGAAAUACGAUGAAUGUCUUUAAAAAUGGACUUCAGAGAGAGCAUUGGCGUUGGUGCUUGAAAUACAUCAUAAGAACCUGCCACAAGAAAGCUGUGCUGCAGACGGUGCCUUCCGCAGAACUCUGGUCAAGAUGACGUUUUUCAAAGAAGCGGUGGCUACGGUGUGUACAGGUCUAUUUAUUUCAGCAUUAAAACAUCGAGCCCUUUCACUUCGAUUGCAUCACCCGAACGGAACAGCCUGAAAAUGUUUCCUAUGUGGUGACGAACGUGACAAAGAAUAGUCUCAAAGCCUGGUGUGCAGUGUACAGUUUGCAGACUGUGAUCUUCCAGCUUCUGGCACAAGAUGGUGAACUUUUGAAGGACGCUAUGAAACGGUUAUUAUUACCUUCUCUUUCAGGUGCAUGAAAGAGUGGUGUACAUUGUAAGUUACUUGUAUCGAAUGUUGACUUUACUAGCAGUAUUGUGUGCAAUACGUUUAGCAAUUUGGCGCGUUUAUGCAGUUUUGUUUACUUUUACCAUUUUAUGUGCAUAAUAUGUGUUAAUGUUAUCAGAGAUCUUCCAGAUGUAAAUACGCUAAGGAGACAGUCUUUUGUCUGAGCUGUGUGAGUGAUGUAUUGCUAUGUCGAUAGCAUAGAUGAGUGUGUAGAAGGAAAACACGUGUGAUUGAAUCAGGAGAUUUAAUAAAUUCAGUCCUCAUCUUCCAGUCUCGUCUGCAUCAGGGCGGUUGAAUACUGCAAGCAGUGAAGAGGCCAUUUGUUCUCUCUUCUUUCUAGUCAUAGUUUUUUUUCUUAGGCUCUGCUCCUCUCAAUGACUAUAGCCGUAGAGCGCACCAUUACCUCAGUGGGUAUAACGAUGAUAACGUGUGACUCGUAUUAGAAUGGGGUGUUAUUGAACUUGGGUUUUGAAGGCUCUUUACCAGCGUCUAUGGUGUAUCAGUUAGGCGUUUCACCGUCGCACACCAAAGCCUGGAGUUCGAUUCCCGUGUCGGGGAGGACCUUUAUCUAGUAUUUCGGUCUUUCUGCUGGGAUGCUGCAUUCCUCUCAACGUGAGCUGGCCCUGACGGACAGGAUCGAAGCCCGCCUCCUAAAUGAUCUCCAUUGUGUCGAUCGGGACGGACUUGAAGGAGACUGACUUUAUAAUUCGUAGGCCCUGCCUCUUUAGUAAUCUUACAAUGCUGAAAGGAGCGUAAAUCCAUACCAUGCCAUGUCCUUAUGACCUAGUCUCCCCCUGCCUGUCUGUCACUGCCAUUUAUCCCUCGCCUGAUUUGGCAUAACAUAUCGAUAUUUGUAUAGAAUGAAUUUUGCUGAGCUUCCAGAAAAUCAUCUAUAUGCAAUUUUCAGUCAGACGCCAAGUGUUAACUGCUUUAUGCAAUUGGUCGAAAUCUAAAAUACUUUUCAAGAUUUUUCUUUGCGCUUUGCCUCCACAUCUAGUCGUGGCCCAUAUUUAACCUUUCGCUGCCAGCAAUGUUUAUGGUCAUAUCAAAUAACUUACACAGUUAAAGUUGAGGCAGUGAAAGGGUUAAUGGAGCAUGUUGUGACGUUAGAGCUCACAUUGUGCUGGGAAACCUGGAAAUAGAUUAUGUAUUGCUUGCUGUCUUCCACACAUUAAUCACUUUUUUCUAUGUGAUUAUUCACGUUCCUUUUGGGGAUUUUUGCCCUUCACCCCUUCCGCACUCUGUUUAACAUAAAAGAUACUCUCUUUUGAAUAUAGACAAAAGUUUUGCAAUUGCAAUUCCUGAGCUUCCAAGUAAACAAGUAUGUAUUCUAACAGCUGUCUUCCAAAAACAAUCACAAUUGCUGUCUGUAAUAUGUAAUCUGUAACGUGUUGAAUAAAGAGAGCAAUGA